UGUUCCUGAUAUUAAAAGAAAAGUCUUCUUGUUAAAGGAGAUGCUGAAUAAACAAUUCUUUAAUGAGGUUGCUACAUAUUCUAUAUUGUCUAUAUAAGAGUGGGAAUUUGUGCUUUUUACGUGCACAGUUCUCUAGGUCCACAGUUAGCAACUGAUUUGCUCGAGAAAGGAGCUCCUUCUUGACUGCUUUGUCUUUUGGUCUGCCAAACUGAAAUAGGCAAAAUGGAUGAAGUAUACCAGAUCUCUUCUACUGAGAAGGUCCAGCAGCUGGAACAAGAACUAGCAGCACAGCUGGCAGAGCUGAAGGCAGAAAUAGAAGACAACAGGAUACUCCUGGGAAUACCGAGUAGGGCAUACAGUUCUGUUGCAAUUCCAAAGGAUGCAUCUUAUUUCAGAAAAGAAAGGGAGGUGAUACUGAAGAAAGGCUUACAAGUGUCAGAAGCAAAACCUCUUGUUAUUCAGGCUGAUGUCAUGCAGAGGGAGUUAGAGAGCUGCUGGAGAAGCGAGUAUACAGCGGCAAACUUGCCACUGCUGCUGCACCAGUUUUUUACAGACAGAAUUACUCAGCUAGUCCAGAGCAAAUAUUUGCACAUGCUUAGAUGGAAGAGAUUUUGUACGCACACCAGUGUUAUGGAACAGCUUUAUCCUCUCUAUCAGAAACGAAUUAGUCACAUCAUGGAGGAAUACAAUGAUGCAGUUCAGAGGGCUGCAAGACUUUCAGUGGCAAGGGAAAGUUUCCUGACAGGAAAGAAAAAUCCGGUGAAUGUAGUGACACAGGAAGAUCUGAUGAUUUACACCCGGUGGUUAGUGUGUCACCUACACUCUCUGAAGGGCAUUCACCAUUUUCUCCAGAUUCUCCAGCAUCUGCCUAUUUCUCACAGAAUAAAUGUGGUUGAUGAGAAAUGUCCUGAUGUGGUCCAAGACAACUGGGACAAAUUAAGAAGUGCUUUUGACAAGAAUUCAGAUAUUUUUAAUAUUGAUUUGUUUCCCUGUUCAAGAGUUUUAAGAAGAAAUGAAUCCUGCCACAAGGACACUGGAUUCACUUUGCCCCGGCACAGCACUGAAACUGAGGAGCUGAAACCUCUGCUCCAGCUUCUGCUUUCUCACUUUGGUAUUGACUACAACCUUAAGGAUCUCAAGAACUCAGCUGAUGAGAUGGAGCUCUUUUCCCUGGUUGUCCAAAAAUUUAGAAGCGUCUUCUGCAAACAGCAGAUGAUGAGAACAUUUCCAGUUUAUGACGCAGAGGUUUCUAGGUCAGAAAACUGGGGCAUGUUAGAUCCAGCCAGGGCUUUGAAAAAGAGAGCCAACUGGAUCCCUUUUUUAAAGAUUAAGCCUAAAGUAGAUCCCUGGCAGCAAAAGCUUCUGAUAAAACUGAAACAAUGGAAAAAAGUGGAUAAACUAAUGGACCUUCAUUCAAAAUUUGUAGAGGUCUCAGACAUAGAGAGGGUGAUGGAGGGUCUCCAGGAACACGUGGCAGUGGUGUUUGAACCACGUCCUGCACGGUCAAGUUCUGCCACUUCUGCUUAUGCCUCAGGACAGCAGAGCUACGAUCAUGUCUGGAAGGAGAUCUAUGCCUGCACUGAGCUCCACCAGGGACUAACUGCUGAGGAUGAUAACACAGCUGUGGCUCACAGUGGGAAGCCUUCAGCAUCUUUCAGAAAGAAGAAUGAAAGAGGGUAUAGUUAUGUGGGCACCUUACAGCUGCUAGGAUUAGAAGAUGACACAGCAACUCCCCACAGGGAGCACGUGGUGAGGAGAGGAGCCUACUUGUCCCUUCUUUUCUUACGUCACCUGAGACUCCGGGAGCUAAAGCGAGUAUGCCUGGGGAUCCUUAACUACUUCAGGUCUGUGGAGAGAAGCUUGACGAUCAGUACUGCUGGCCUCUCCUUCAAGGCUGGUCACCUAAUUCCCAGUGCAGAAGACACCUCCUGGGUCAGUGCUGCCAAAGGAGGCACUGGUGGGUUUGGUGGCCUAAGGUCACAGCCGUAUAUCCACUACACACCAGCUGACUACAAGGUCCACAGUGCUCAGUUCAUGGAGUUUGCAGAGGUAGAAAACCAUGACGACUUUCACACUAGUGAAGAUGGAUACAUUCACACACAGGACCAGCGAGGGGCUUACAUAAUAUAUGAUGUGGCUUUAGAGGACCUGAAAGAGCUUGAGAACCAGCUGCUGCUUGUGGCCAGCCAGUACAUUGAGAAAGAUAAAAGCAAUGUAACUUGUGAGCAAUUCAGAAACAGCAACAUUCUUGGCUGGGCACACGCCUCUGUGGAUCGAUGUGCUGUGCUGCUUGACCUCUGGACCUGUGAAACUGCUUUCUUGGAAAAAAAAUGCCAGGUUCUAGAUGUUUACUUUGAAGUUUACCAACAUGCUUUGGAUCCAGAGGAAAGAUUUGCUUUGGCCCAAGCAAUAAUUGACAUCAUGCAUAAACGUCCACGGUUUGAUCUCAAGAUUGAGUAUUUUGUCAACACCUACAAAGAUGAAUGCAUCUGUUUGCAACUUCACCUCCACCUGCUGAGGGACAUAGUAAACCAAAAAAUAGAUGCCCAGAGGGAAUAUGUCCACAAGAUUUGGCGGGAAGGUCAGAGAGGUGGCAUCAAUGAAUUUGGACUUCCUUGUAAUGUGAUUACUAAGCAGCUUAUCUCUCUUAACACUAGCUGUCCUACUUUGAAGAACAUUUAUUUGCUGGAGUUUCACCCUUCUCUUGGUCUGGUGUACUUGAUCCCCAAAGCUCUUGAAUAUAUCUACCAGGAAUUCUACAGCAUCUGCAGACCAAAAACAGCCAGUAAAGCAAGUAAUCUAGAAAAACAAGUACUUCAGCUAGUAGUUGAUCAGUGGCUAACAAUGGAAAAGCCAGAAACGUUUUACAGCUCUCAGAUUCAAAAAGAUUUAUUUGCUGAGGUACUGAUAGAAGACCCUGUGAUGGUGCAAGAGAUUGCUUUGUCGCUAUUAGAAGUGGGAGUAGACGAAGAAAAAAAAACUGGCAGAGAAAAACAGCUCUUUAUCCUGGAUUCCUUCUCCAUGCUUAUGGAGCUUGUCACACUCCGCCAUCGACUGAUAGAGGUGGCAACAGAGAGUGCGCAGUUAGCCAGGUUUUAUAAGGCUUUUGCAAUGGAAGCAGGUUUUGGGGAGUUCCAUUUGUACCUGAAGCCUGUGCACUUCGAAUCUGCAUCUCACAGGGAGAAAGCAGACCACCUCCCACCAGUAUUCAUUACAUCUCUCCUGGAAGAUGACAGCUGUGUUGACAGAUAUAUUCCAUCUAGCUUACCAUUAAGCAUUCAAGAAAUUGACAGUCAUAUAGGAAAGUUUAGUUUCCGUACAAGAGAUGGUGUUAUGCAGCUCUUGUGUCCAUCUGGAAUAAGGAAGAUGCAACUUAUCCUGGCCUGUCAGAUCACUCAGAAAAAUGUUCUUUUGGCAGCUGUUCAGCAAGCCUCCUUUUGUUACUUGGCCCAGCCUCCCCAUACCCUGGACAUAAAGGAAGGAAAUGUAAGUCUACCAAGUCAGAGCACUUCAGCAAGUGGAAGAAAUUCAUUGUCUGGGAGUGAAACAGAGGAUCAGCUGCUGCAAGCAACCAUGCCGGCAACUUCUUUUUCUCCUGGGCGUUCUCCAGGUGUACUCUGUACCAUUAAAAGAGCUCCAGAAGCUUUCAUUUCCAUUCAGCUGGAGAAACAGGGACCCCGAGAUAGGAUGCUGAACACUUUCACUCAAAAGAGAGAAGCACUGGGCAGCAGGCUGCAAAACCCUGAUGAAGUUCUGAAACUAAAGAGAGACGUUAUUGUUGAAUAUUGCCAUGAGCUGAAUCAGCGUGUGUCCCAGCAUGCCCUGAGAGGUCAGCUCAUUGGGUACUACAAUAGCCUAAGAAGCCUCUUAGAUGAUUUCCCUGUCAUCAGAGACAAGUACUUCAUAAUUGGACUAUCUCAAGGGAAAAAAGAGGAGCAAGACUUAAAGAAAAACCUUGCAGCUGAUCCCAGAUCCUUCCGUCCUCGACCACGCUCUUUGCUGUCUCCAGAUGGAUGCACCUUCCUUAACUUGUGGUUCAUCCCUCACCCUACCGAAGUGCUGAUCAUGUUCAAAACGCUUCCAGAGAAGGCUGCUCUCAGAGGUCUCCACCUAAGCCUAGAAAUUGUUGGUGCAUUUCACGACAUGGUUUCUUAUCUCCUGGCUUUUGCUCAGUUAGGAAAUUCCCCAAACUGCUUUUGUGCCUUAAACCCAGAGCCUCUGACUCCAGACUGGGGAGGGACCGACAGGAUUGGGACUGAACUUCAAGAGAUACAGAAAAUGAUUGACAGCCUCCAGAAUCCACUGGAUCCCAGCAACGUAGCCCAGCUGCUAGCUGCUCACAGAGAAGUGAUGUUUCUACAGUUUGAUGCAGCAAUCAGGCAUCGACUACGAGAGAUAUUUUUGUCCUUGGGGAAUGUUUCAGCCUACCAGAGUGUUACAGACAGGAUAUACCAUGCGCUGCCUCCAUUGAGUAACUCUGCGAUUCAGAGUGCAUUUGCUUCACAGCUAAGGCUCCCACAGCUUCUGGAUCCUCAAAGCUGCAGGACACUCAUGCAUUUUCCUUGGAGGACAUUCCUAAUGGAUGGAGGAUUGUUUCCAGUCACUAUCAACAACACAAUUAAUAUCAAUUACAACAUGCAGCUGUGCCUGUGCAGCCUGAACGAUGCAGACCGAAGGGUUGCUCAUGGGGAGCUGGUGGCAAUGCAGUUUCUAAUGGAGGAUGUACUGCAGAACAGCUAUGGCUGUGCUGUGGAAGAGCAUGCUGACUGUCAAGCCUCGUUAGCUAAGAGCAAGCAGCAGAAUUUGGCAGAAACAGUUGACUCGAGUGCUAACUGGCUGCAGAACAGCAAAAAGAUGUGCAAACUUUUGCUGAGGCAUCAUGAUCCAUUCAUAUCCUGUAACUUGCUGAGGUCUUUCCUGAUACUAUGGAAGCAACUAGAAAUACUAAAGGCAGAAUGGGGCCGGCUCAAGCUGAGGACUGAGGAUAUCAAUACAGUUCCUCUCUACAAAGAGUUUUGUGAGCAAUAUGGCACAGACAUCCUGUGCCCGGCCAUGAGAGCCAUCGUCAGGCGAAUAGGCACAGAGGAGGAGUUUGGAGAGCCAGUUACAAGCACUCAGCAUGUACUUCCCCCCAGAGGAGCAUCAGAAAUCGAAAUGAAAGUGUACCAGCUUCAAAGGCUUCUGGAAAGCCUAGAAAUCCACAUGAUCCAUGAUGUGCAGAAGAAAAUUAACCAGGAGAUGACUCUAGUGACAUCUGAAAGAGCCAGACAAGAGAGCAGUCUCCCCACUGAGCUCUGGAAACACAGGGUAAUGCAAGAAAAUUUCUCAGUUGUACGACCACAGAUAGUUGAAACAUUUGUUCAAAGGCUGAUGGAAAACUACCAAGAAUCAGAUACAGAGGUUUCUUUUAAAAAAAGCCAUUUACAACAAUGUCUCACUGUACUGGGCUGUGACAUCAUGGCCAGGGAACGCAACAACUUUGAGACCUACUCCAUGUUUUAUGAAAAUAUUCUCCAGCAGCAGCAUCGUCUACUUUACCAAAAAGAACAAGAGCUGCAUGCAGUGGAAGAAGGUGGCAACCAAAGCGAUAUGGCUCUGACACAGAUUGUGGGGCCGUGCCAUGGGAUGAUUAUGGAAAUAACUGCUCUCAGAGCCCAGCUUGCUGACUUAGAGGAAGAAAAUCUUGGUCUCAAAGAGAAAAUUAGAAAAGAAGUACGGGAUGAAUAUGAAUCAUUAGUGCGGAACCUAUUUGCGACUUGUGUCCAUCUAAAAGGAAAAUUGGAUGUCUAUCGCCUUAGCAUUGAGCAACGAGUGUUUGAAAUCAUCAGUGAAGUGAGAAGAGAAGGAGUAGACAAUAUGAUUGAUCUGAAGAAAAAGUUUGGCUCCACUAAAAAUAAUGGUGACUUGAAAGAACAUUUGUCUAAACAGGAACAGCUGCAGCUCCUGCGGGAUGAAAAUAUCAGGCUAAGCAAGCUGGUGUGUAAGCUCAAGGCUCUGAACUGUUGGAAGCAAACCACUCAGAAGGCGCAGCUCUCUGCAAAGCUUAGAGAUGCUGAGAAGGAAGCUCUUCAGAACAAAAAAGAGAGUCUGACUGCUAAGAUGAUGGCAGAACAAGAGGUGACUUCGUUUCAGGGUCAGCUCACGUCUGUAAGGAAAGCUCUUGCAAAAUCUCAAGCAGACAAUGACAAACUCAAGAAACAGCUACAUAAACAGAAACAAAUGCUGUUGGAAGUGGUACAGAGGAGGACACAAGAAGCCAAGAAGAGAAAAAUACUUGGUGUGAUGAAAGCUGAAAACACAGAUAAGAUGCUUGAAGAGAUGGAAGACAAAGAGCAGAGAAUCAAAUGCUUAACCAAGGAAGCUGAAAAAUCUUCUAAAAUAUGCCAUCUUCAUGAAAAAGGAGUAAAAAAAGAAAUGUGGCAGACAAGAAACCAGUUAACCCAAGAAAGCAGAUUAAAACAGGAGGCCUUCCAGCAGGUUGAUGAAUUGCAGUGUCAAGUUUAUGACCUGGAAGCUGCAGUUUCCCAGAGGAACAUGACUGCAGGUUCUGCAGCUCAGGUCCAGUGUAACAAGCUUUCAGCAUCUACUCAGCAUGGGGAUUACAAGCAGCAUCCUUUGAAUUUUGACCCAAGCAGCAGCAGUGGAACAGGAGGAAGCAUUCAAAGACCAAAGACAGUGCCUAGCAGAAGGAAGGAGAGAAUGGCAGACAGGCUAUUACCACACCUACAUGAAAAGUCUCUUCCUACUGUCUUCAUACAGCUACAGAAACAAAGGCUGGUCUAAAGUAAAACAAAUGUAAGUUUAACCAGUCCAGGGCAUUUUGGAAAAUGGAAUUAAGAGAACAACAAUUUAUAUACAAAUCAAAGAGGGGCAGUAAUACUCCAGUGCUGUGCAGAUGUACUUCAAAAAUUUCGAUGCAGUGUUCAAUACCAGCCCCAAUCAGUUAACCUGCUAAUUGAUUUUGGAUACUGGGUGAUACAGAUCCUCCUUCUGAGCAAGAACAGAACUGCAUGCCCUUCCUUCACAGACACUAUGGCACAGUACAGAAAGGCAGGGAUAUCAAUCAAAAGAAAAGGCUUUCUUUUAUUGUGAUAGCCUUGGAACAUGGUGGCGCAAAGCAUAGCUAAGCGCUUAGAGCAAAAGCAUUGGGUCUGGCAUUUGGGGGGUUGUUGCUUUUUAUUUUUGGUUGUGUUAACUGCUUUCCUAUUGCAACCCCUGAAUGCCACAUCCUGCCCAAUGCAGUGCUCUUGGCCUCAGAGCUUGCUGCCUGUAUGCUGAACCUUUCAUGCCUCCUUAAUGAUGACUCAUUAAAAUGUCAGCAUCUCUAUGUUCCCUAGCACCUUCUCUCCUCCCUAGAAGGAAGAGCAGCUCCUUGCAUAAUGCUACACUAACUAAAAAGCAAUGCAAAAAAAAAAGUGUAAGUUUAUUUGCAUUUUUCUCACAUGGAAAAACUCCUUCCUUUUAUAGCCUA